AUGAGAAAGGGAGAGGGUGAUACCGAUGUGAUCCUUUCGCUCAAAUGCCAAUGUUUGAAGCUGAAGGAGUACCAUCAAACAAAUGGAGUUGACAUUGUCCUCCUAGCCAUCACCCUUGCCUCUUCUCCCCUCUCCUCUUCCUCUAUUAUCGUUGUCAUCCUCACUAGUAGAACAGGACUUUGGCCUGUUCUAAAGCCGGCCAAAGUCCUCUUCGACGGGUGCAAGGACUUGGGCUUCUCGCCCCACGGUGAGCACUGGAGGCAGCUCAGGAAGAUCUGCGCCUUCCACCUCUUGAGCUCCACAAGAGUGCAGUCUUAUCGGCUCAUUAGGCAGGAGGAAGUGGGUUUCAUGAUCCGGAAGAUCUCCUCUCAAGCUUCGCCGACGACGAGCGUCGACAUGUCUGAGAUCUUUUACUCCUUCGCCAACGAUAUGUUAUGUCGAGUUGUUUCGAGGAAGUUCAACAGAGAAGAGGGGAGGAACGUGGUGUUCGGCGAGCUUAUCCGGGAGUUUUCGGUGCUACUGGGCAAGUUCUACGUGGGGGACUACUUCCCAUGGCUGGGUUGGCUAGAUGUAUUGUUUGGCUCUAUGGAGAGAACCAAGAAGACCAAGAAGAGAUGGGAUGAUUUGGUUGAUGGGGUGAUCCAAGAACACGAAGAUCGAUCAGCUGAAGGUGAUGAUGGCGAGAGGGACUACGUGGAUGUUCUGCUCUCUCUUCGGGAGGAUCGAGGAGGGAAUCAUGCUCUCCUGACUCCACAAACCAUAAAGGCACUUCUGAUGGUAUGA